GGCAAGAAAGGCGGGCGGAAGGAAACAGAAGCAAAGUCUUAGAGACACAUGUCGGCAAGAGAGCCCGAUUCCUUAGCUUAUGCUGCCCCUGCGACCACCACGGCUAGCUGAGCUAGAGUUGCUGCUCUCGUUCUCCAUGUCACCCCACACCGGCACCGUCUCAUGGAAAGUUCGGUGUUGGGGCAGCAGGCCGGGCUUGCGUCUGGUUAUUGGGAUGAGCGACCGCUCCGGCGGUGAAUCAGACUCGACCCGAAAUACAGCCGAUUUGGCUCGUGUCAGCCUCGAUUUGGUGAGUGUGCUUGUCAGCGUUGCCGUGACAUUCGUGGCCAGCGUGGAGAUGAAUUUGGUUGGCUCGAAUGGCGAGGAGGCCGGCAAAGGCCCCAACAGCGACGCAGGUAGCUGCCCGCUUCUCGUGUCCCGCUUGGGGUUGGUUGCGGGGACGUCGUACUGAUAGACAAGAGAGGCGCGUCUGCUGUUUUCAUCGUCAGCUGUUCCUGUCUCCUCCUUUGCUGCUGUUGAGUCAACAGCCGAUGCGAAGAGCUCGUUUGCGGGGUUCGCGCCGCCGAUAGACGACGGCCGCCUUCCGAUCCGCUGGGCACCGAGAACGCUGGUCAUCAACCGGUCCGGCUUCUCGAAGCGAGCAAAUGAUGACGGCAAGUGCUCUCUGUCCGCCGCUAUGCUGGACGAUCCGGUCGAGUCAGAUCGGUCCUUGUGGAUGGACCAGCGCUUGAAGCGGCUGCUCAACUCGUCAAAGAUGUACCUCUGAUUGAUUGAUCAUCCAGUUGGAAUGUGUUGAGGGACAGCUGGGGGUCUCUUACAAGCACCUGUGCAUGCGUGAGCUCUUCAAAGGUGAUGUCCUUGAGAGAAGCCGUCACCUCCCGCAGCACCUCAUCAUCUGACACACGAAUGGGCAACAGACAUUCGGUCAACCUCUUUCCCUCCAUCUUCAUUUGACAGACCUGCUUCGUCUUUGCCAACGCCCGCGUCCUCCUGCAGGAGGUCCAGCUUCUCCUGCACAAUUCCCCUACAUGUCGGAGAACCCAUCCCGCCCUGCAGCUCGCUCAUCUGACAUCCGACAUCCAAGGUUCCCUCAAACGCCUGUGUGCGACACGACAAAUGCAUGUCUCAUCAUCGUGCGUGAGCGUGUCAUGUCUCUGCUUACCGCGUCUGACAUGAGGAUCUCCUCGAGAGGCAUCAUGUCUGCGUGGUGAUCUUUGACAGCAUAGUCCAGCAUCAAGAAUAUGCCCCGCAUUUCGUUGAGCGUGACUGUCAAGUGCUCCUCGUCCCUCGGGUCGCUUCUCGACAGGUACGCCUUGAUGUCCUCGCCGAGGUCCUCACCCAUCGCCUCAUCCAAGGCAGCACCGUGCUCCUGAAAGACACAUGUGCGUGGAGACAUGAAGCUGAUUUUCGUGUGCAUCCGUGUGUGUGACAAGCUACGUCCAGUUCCUCUUCUGCCGUAUCCCAAAUCCCGUGAGACGACUUUCGCCCACUCCUGGAGAUAAGUAACACAGGCACGGACAAAAAUAUGUCGUUGCGUAGAGAAGCUCUGUUCACUUCUACCCACCCUCUUCUGGCUGCUGGCGCAGGUUUCCCGCCUUUAUCAUCCUUUUGUCGCCCCUCGUCGACCGCAAUGCUUAUCCUCUUCUUGGGUGAAUGGUCCUUAUCGUCAGCGUCGCUGUCCAGGUGGUCAUCCGAUGAAUGGAUCUUGACAGAGGGCCUCUUGUGGGUCUUGAUGUCACUCCUUGUCCGUCUGAACAUAUGCUGCUGCUCGUGAAGCGGCCCUCGUCUCUCAAGACUCAGCUUUCGCAGCUGCUUCUCAAUCUCGGACAUCAUCUGCACACGAGUGCGUGUGUACUGACUGAUGUGUGGGGAAGGGGGACACGGGUCUUGUCUUGGCAUCUUGCCUCUAUUCUGCGUUUGUGGACUUUCUUUUUCUGGGUGUCCACUCUUAGGUUGUGAAGGGCCCGCUCGAGGCAGGUACGCUAUUCGAUUGACGAAGACACAUACAGGCAGAUAGGUGCGCACUUAGAAAAGAAGGGGUGUACCUACCUUCAGAGCAGGGAAGCUGGCACUGAUCCUCUUGAACGCUUCUUUAGGCAACACACGGACGUCACAGAAGGUCUCACUCACCACUGUGAAGGUUCUGCGAGCCGCAUGCAACACGAAGGAUAUGUGCAUGCCAUCGCUGCAUAUCUGUGGCCAGGUGACCUUUCUUUGAGUAUGUCGAGCAUCAUGAACUCCCCGAACACAGCGUGCUUGCCCAAAUGUCCCACUAAUUCCCUGUUCGCUCCAAGCAUUUUUGCCCGCCCUGCAUCCCAUACAGAGUAACACCGGAAGACACACAAUGACGGUGUCUCCGUCUCACCGUCAGCAAUCACAAAGAGCGACUGGUUGGUGGUGUCUCCUUUGCGGACGAUGACCUCGUCGGGCCCAUAGAAGGUCAUCUGGAAGGCCAACACGAGCUUAGCGGCGCACACACGAGGGAUGCCCUGUAUCCAUGAAGUGCAAGAACAGGCGACCAGAUCCCCUCCGAUCUGCCGUGUGCGUGUCGGCUUGCUCGCCUUGAGCACAUCAAUGUUGUCGACUAUGUGUCUGUUGAUGAAAAGGAUGACCUCCCGCAUCAACACAGGCGGCAGCUCUGACCGACGACAUGAAGUGGUUGUGUUACAGGGAUGUCGCAUGCAUACGAUGCGUGCAGACGUCGAUUAAACCUACCAGCCAGGAUCCGGCUCUGCGUCUCCACCGCUGCGCCGCUGAUGAGAGAGAGGGCGACGCGCACACUGCUUUCUGUGUGUCUCUUUGUUACCUACCCCUUUUUCAUUUUGUUUUGGAGGUGAAAUAGCUGACGCAUUCGGGCAGCAAGGGGACCAGGGAUGGCUGAAAGAGAUCAAUAGACACCGGGUAGCCUUGUCUUGUCCUGAUGUGUGUGCGUGUGUGUCUUGUUGCUUCCUCACUCUUGCUCUGACAGAGUUCGUACAGCAGAUCCAUCUUAUGUCGGAAGUUUUUCUGCGCCUCGUACAUCUCCUUGUAGAAGUUGAUCGACGACGUGAUCCCGUAACUGCGCAUAAAGGACACAUACACCGACCAGAAAUUUCGUGUGUGCGUGUGUCUCAUGCAUCAUCGGCCCACGCGAAUAUGCAUGAGCCGAUGAUCAUCCCCCAUAUGGCAAAGUGCCGCUCCUGGGGGGUGGUCAGCAGCGGGGAGCCAUAACCGACAGACGACAUGCUGAGCGUCGUGUUGAUCGAGACACAGAAGAGGCACAGAGACACGUACAUUUGAAAUGCAAAUGUCUCCUUCUUUUUUGUCUGCUUUCGUGAUUACGGACGUCUGCAGCGUCCACACAAGAGCCAGCAGGUACUGCUUGGCAUGUGCCUUGCCUUCCACCUCAUUGACAGCCAGCCACUCCCUGCCGUCAUCCUGAAUCACGCUCACACACAUCAUGAAGAAACAGGGAGACAUCUCGUGCCGGCUGAGUCUCUGACCCUCAUUCGGUGCCCCAUGAUGAGGAGCACACAAGACAGCCAGUGGACAGAAAGGAGAAUGAGGCCCACGAACUUGAUCAGCUCCAGCUCACUGAUCCUCAGAAACAGCCCGUUCUUCCACUGACGCAAGAUGCGGCCCUGCACACACAAGCAGCAGUCCGUUGCUUUGCAUGCACGUGUCUGGCUGGGUAUGUGUGUGAGAUACCAUUCGGAGCAGCCGGAGGAACUUGAUGAUUCGGAACGUGUCGAUAAAUAUGGUGAAGGGAAUAGCAAAGACAAGAACCUCGUAAGGCAAGGCGAGGGCCUGGCCGACACACAACAGAGCAAAAUCUGCCUUCAUGAUCACCUUGCUGCCCCGCCUCAUCACGCACCAGGUCAGGGAAGAACCACGAGGAGCGAUACAGUCUGCCGAUAUACGCAAGAUCUGUCACCAUGUGGCCCUCCAUCUCUACGGCCGUCCGCAGCUGCACCGCCACGUCAGCCAAGAACAACGCAUCCAGCACACGCUCCACCUGACAAUCACACAUCACAGACACACACACAAGUGGCAUGUUUGCCUGUGGGGCUGUCUCUUCCCUUGCUGACUCACCCAGAACCAUCCGCCUUCGUCCUUGAUGUGGUAUCGCUUGGUGUCUGGUUGGAAUGCGAGGGCGAUGGGGAUCCCGAAGGCCAGCAUACAGAUAGCCCCCAGCAUCACAAACGACCAACCGAUGCUCCAUGCACCAUAUGGUAGCUGAAUGCAUCAUUAAAGGAAGCAAGGAAGAUUAAGAUAAGGAAAAGCCCCCCUUCCUUUGGCUGACAGGCUUACCAGCACAUACUCGCCAUCAUUGUCCUCCCCAUAAACGGAGGUAUACGAAGGCGCAGAUCUGACAGCCUUGAGUUGCGACGAGAGGUAUCGUGUCAUGUACAUGGACUUUCGCUGCAGCCUGUCGAGGCGACACAACGCCCACACCCGUCUCCCGAACGCCCGAAGGGCUGCGGCCAGGGGGGACUCGGGGGGCUCCGACGACGAAGUCUCCUCUGACCGAGGAAUGUCGCUGUCCUCAUUCAACGUCUGCGGUGGCUUGAUAAUCGACUUCAUUGUCGAGAAGGGGAACCCGUUCACACACGACGG